AUGUCAGUCUUUGGCGUUAUUCUCACUGCAUACGACACCGCCGCAAAUCGCUUCUUACGAGCCAACGAGAUGGACAAGGAAGAAAAACUACAUGUCUCGGCAAAAAUACCUGACCGGCCCAUAUACCAUCCUACAGCCACCGCUCGCAAGAUCAUCCCUCCGGACGACCAACAGCGGGCUCUUGCUGUUGACACAUCCAGUUCGUCUGACGAUAAGAGUAAAGACCCGGAUAAAGACGACAGACUCAACUCCACUGUGUGGGCUAACGUCUUCAAAUGUCUCUUUGUUCGUGUCAUCUGUGACCAGGGUCAUAGAAUCAAAAACCCUUCAGCUCGGAAUCACCUCGCCGUCCACACGCUUUUCGCCGAUUAUAGCUGGAUUGUGACGGCGACGCCAAUGGCGAACCGCUUCGGUGAUCUUCCAAAACUUGUCGAUUACACCAGGUGCUUCAGAAUUGGAAACGGGUUUCCUGGGUCAACCAAAGAGACGGAGAAAGAGUUCCCUCUGACUCUCACCGAACUUGUCGCUCUCGCUCGACACCUCGAUCAACGGUCUGGAGAGAUUGUGAGAUCAUUUCAUCACACAUUACUUGGCAAGGUUGAUGUUAAGAGCGGCGUCGAAGAUGUCCUUAGGAUAUGA